AUAAAUUCAUUUUAGUUUAAUUAUAUAUCGAUUUUAAUGGCAAAAACUAUUAUGUUUUAUUAAUGUGUUAAAUAGGAUUCAUACGAGUGUAUUACUGAUUGAGGCGCUGCUGUUCGGUCUGUUUGUUGUGGCGGUGCUCACGGAUCAGUUUCAGGCGAUUUGCGCCAAUGAGACGGCGAUUGAUAGGUAUUUGUCUCAACACUCGUCCAAAGCAAACAAAGCCCAGAAUAAGACGAAACCGAAGACCAGAAAAUUGUUGACAGAGGUGUGCGGAAAGGGUCCUAUGAUUUGGUGGCUCUUUCCCUGCGAUUUCAAUCGCAGACAUCAUAAAACAGAUAAUACUUCGCAUUUCAUUGUAUAG